AUGAACCAAUUCUUAUUUGUUUUACUAUUGAUAGGCGUAAUGUGUUCUGAUUUAGAAAGUACAAUAAAAGAAGUAAAAUGUUAAUAAAUAAGUAGAUGAGACAAAGUGAAUUUGGUCGAUCUUUUUUAGAGAAAAUCUAAAUGAAUGAUCCAGUUGAGAAAAUAAUAAGAGACAUAGCAAAUUUUUAUAAUAAUGUAGAUAGAAGAUUAGAAGAGGGAGUAUAACAGUUCAAAUAAUCACAAGAGAUAUGUAAUUAAGAGAUAAAAGAAUUAAAGAAUAAUGAUGAAGAAUUGAAUCGUAAAUUAGUAAUUGAAUAAAACACAAUAUAUAUAGAGAGAUAUAUAAAUAACAAGAGCAAGAAAAUAACCUCGUUAUGAUUUGAUAAUUCAUAGAUUCCAUUAGAAAAAUAAGAUGAGAUAAGAAUUAGAUCAUUAAGAAACUAGAUAUAUGGAGUUAAGAGAAGCAGAAUAAUCAUUUUUUAAUUAUAAUUAAGAUUAAUUGGAUAAAGCUAUGGUAGUUAUUGUAGAGAUAAGGAAUAAAUUUAUAGCUUAUUUAUCUUAGAGAUAGAAUAGAUAAAGAAAAGCAGCUGUUAGAGAUAAUUAAUAUUGGGAUGAUGAUGAAACUCCAUUUAAUAAUGAUGAUGAUGAUGAUUAUGAUGAAGAAGAAGAAGAGAGAUAACAUAAUGAAAAAUAUGCUUUUAUUUAAAUUAUUGUAGCCAUAUAAAGAGUAAAAGGAGGAUUAGAAAUGGUAUGAAUAUAUAAUUAAAUAUUUAGAAUGGAGUUACUUAAUUGGUUUAAGGAAUUGAAGAUCUAUGUUAAUAAAUGCAUGAUAUAAAAGAAGGGAAUAUUAUUUAUGAUGAUUCUGAAGAAACUUUAAAUAAAUUAGCUAGUUAAGUUAUUGAUAUUACAGCCAGUAUUUUAGAUUGGAUUGCAUAAGUAAAAAGAAGAGAAGAAAAAGCUGAUGAUAGUAAAGGAGAUCUUAUUAUCUAAACUUUAAAAUUAAUAAAUAAAUAAAAAUAAUAAGCUGAUGUUGAAAUAUCACAAUUAGCAAAUGAAUCUGCUGCUUUAAGUUAAUAAUUAAAUUCAUUAGAAUAAAGUGAAGAUUUGACUAAAUUCUCUAUUACUAAUAAUAAAGAUUUAUUAUCAACUAAAAUUGAAAUGUGUAAUGAUUAAGAAUUUGCAUAUAAAUUAGAAAAAAGAUAAUUGUAUAUAAUUAAUUUACGUUAGGGAAGAAUAAUUGAAUACAGUUGGUUUACUCUUAGAAGCUAUGGAAUAAAAAGGAGGAUAAUUUAAAAGAGUUAUGAAAACAUUAGAAGGAGUAGCAGAUUACAAAUGAUUUAUAAAUAAUCAAUUAUUUUAUUAUAAAUUAAA